AUGAAGAUCGAUCUUAGCAAAGCCUAUGAUACGGUAGACUGGUGUUUUUUGGAGGAUCUAUUGGUUAGUUUGCGAUUUCCUACCCGGCUCAUAGCUUGGGUGAUGGUUUGUCUUCGUGGCACCUACUAUGUACUUAUGAUGAAUGGGAGAUUGCAGGGGGGAUUUCAAGGUGUUAAGGGUCUGCGCCAAGGAGACCCUAUUUCUCCAUUAUUGUUUGUCCUGGUAAUGGAAUAUCUCACCCGUUUACUGCAGCUAGGAGCUACUCAGUCUAAGUUCAAGUUUCAUCCUCUGUGUAAAAGCCUCAAAAUAAUAAAUCUUUGCUUUGCGGAUGAUUUAAUCAUUUUCUGUAAGGCAAAUAGAGACUCAAUUCAGUGUGUAAAGCAGAUCUUUGAGGACUUCUGUAGUAGCACAGGGCUGAAGGCUAAUCACAGCAAAUCACAUGUCUAUUUUGGAGGUGUUGCGAACCUAGAAAAGGGUCAUUUACUUCAGAUUUUACAGAUUAAAGAGGGAACAUUUCCUCUUAAUUAUCUUGGUGUUCCAAUGAGACCAACAAAAUGGAAAGCAGCUGAUUGUGAUAUUAUUCUAAAAAAGAUUAAACUUAGGCUUCACACUUGGGCUAGUAGGCACCUCUCUUAUGCCGGGAGGACUCAACUUAUAAAUUCUGUUCUGUUGGGGUUGCGUAACUAUUGGAUGAAUAUCUUCAUGCUCCCUCAAAGUGUUAUCAAGGAGAUUGAUAAACUUUGCAUGUGGUUCUUGUGGGGUAACAAUGGAACCCGAAGUAACUUCCAUCAAGCUUCUUGGUCCAAAGUCAGCUUGCCUAAAGCUUAUGGAGGUUUGGGUUUUGGUGAAGGAACAAAAUGGAACAAGGCUAAGUAUAUUUGGGCUAUUAGUCAUCAACCUGAGGCGAUAGAUACCUUUACUGAAGUGGACAUAGAUGCGGCAGCUAGUCAUGGUUACUUCAAGAUUGGUUUGUUCUAUAAAAGAAUAAUCCUCCAAGAGCAAAUCAAGUAUCAUCAUUUUGUGUGGAAUAGGAUGAGUGUGCCUAAGCAUCGUUUUAUUAUUUGGCAAGCGGUAAAUGACAAUUUACUCACCCAAGACCACUUGCAAAAGGUAACUCACAUUAUUCAAACUUGGAUAGGCUGUAAGUGGCCUCUUCAGCUCAAAGAUUGGACUUGUUGGAUUGAAGAUAGGAGGAAGGGUGUGAAGUCAGAGGUGAUAGACCGUUUGUGUAGACCAAGUGAUAUGUAUGCUAGGGGAUUCAGGACUUUGUUGCCAGCUAGGGAAUCGGCAGUCUCUAGUAGGUGGGUUAAAGCAUUACCAGUAGAGAUAAACAGUAGGGAGUUUUCUAUGGAUCUGAUCGAAUUGGCAAUAGAUGACUUUGAUAUGAUUCUGGGGAUGGAUUGGUACACCAAAUCAGCCCACUUCUUUCCUGUUAAAAUGACUUAUAUGGUGGAGCAGUACACUGAGUUGUAUGUAAAGGUGAUCAUGCAACUCAAUGGGGCUCCGAGGUCUAUAGUAUAUGACAGGGAUCCCACCUUCACCUCUACGUUUUGGGAGAGCUUGCUGAAGGUUACGGGCACGUAG